AUGGGGAGGCGCAGCUGUCGGGCCACUCCUGAAACACCAACCACGGCAGAGACCUCUUCUUCUUCUAAAGGGACAACUCCUGAAACACCAACCACAGAAGAAGCCUCCUCUUCUCCUGCAGGGACAACUCCUGAAACACAAACCACAGAAGAAACCUCAUCUUCUCCUGCAGGGACAACUCCUGAAACACCAACCACGGCAGAGACCUCUUCCUCUCCUGCAGGGACAACUCCUGAAACACCAAACACAGAAGAAACCUCUUCUUCUCCUACAGGGACAACUCCUGAAACACCAACCACAGAAGAAACCUCCUUUUCUCCUGCAGGGACAACUCCUGAAACAGCAACCACAGAAGAAGCCUCCUCUUCUCCUAGAGGGACAACUCCUGAAACACCAACCACAGAAGAAGCCUCCUCUUCUCCUCCAGGGACAACUCCUGAAACACCAACCACAGAAGAAACCUCCUCUUCUCCUACAGGGACAACUCCUGAAACACCAACAACAGAAGAAACCUCCUCUUCUCCUGCAGGGACAACUCCUGAAACACCAACCACGGCAGAAGCCUCCUCUUCUCCUGCAGGGACAACUCCUGAAACACGAACCACAGAAGAAGCCUCCUCUUCUCCUGCAGGGACAACUCCUGAAACACGAACCACAGAAGAAGCCUCCUCUUCUCCUGCAGGGACAACUCCUGAAACACCAACCACAGAAGAAGCCUCCUCUUUUCCUGCAGGGACAACUUCUGAAACACCAACCAUGGCAGAGACCUCCUCUUCUCCUACAGGGACAGCUCCUGAAACACCAACCACAGAAGAUGCCUCCUCUUCUCCUACAGGGACAACUCCUGAAACACCAACCAUGGCAGAGGCCUCCUCUUCUCCUACAAGGACAACUCCAGAAACACCAACCACGGCAGAGACCUCCUCUUCUCCUACAGGGACAACUCCUGAAAGACCAACCACAGAAGAAGCCUCCUCUUCUCCUACCGGGACAACUCCUGAAACACCAACCAUGGCAGAGACCUCUUCUUCUCCGACAGGCACAACUUCUGAAACACCAACCACAGCAGAGACCUCCUCUUCUCCUACAGGGACAACUCCUGAAACACCAACCACGGAAGAGACCUCUUCUUCUCCUACAGGAACAACUCCUGAAACACCAACCACGGCAGAGACCUCCUCUUCUCCUACAGGGACAACUCCUGAAACACCAACCACGGCAGAGGCCUCCUCUUCUCCUACAGGGACAACUCCAGAAACACCAACCACAGAAGAAGCCUCCUCUUCUCCUAUAGGGACAACUCCUGAAACACCAACCAUGGCAGAGACCUCUUCUUCUCCGACAGGAACAACUCCUGAAACACCAACCACGGAAGAGACCUCUUCUUCUCCUACAGGGACAACUCCUGAAACACCAACCACUGCAGAGACCUCCUCUUCUCCUACAGGGACAACUCCUGAAACACCAACCAUGGCAGAGACCUCCUCUUCUCCUACAGGGACAACUCCUGAAACACCAACCACGGAAGAGACCUCUUCUUCUCCUACAGGAACAACUCCUGAAACACCAACCACGGCAGAGACCUCCUCUUCUCCUACAGGGACAACUCCUGAAACACCAACCAAGGCAGAGGCCUCCUCUUCUCCUACAGGGACAACUCCAGAAACACCAACCACAGAAGAAGCCUCCUCUUCUCCUAUAGGGACAACUCCUGAAACACCAACCACGGAAGAGACCUCUUCUUCUCCUACAGGGACAACUCCUGAAACACCAACCACGGCAGAGACCUCCUCUUCUCCUACAGGGACAACUCCUGAAACACCAACCAUGGCAGAGACCUCCUCUUCUCCUACAGGGACAACUCCUGAAACACUAACCACGGCAGAGACCUCCUCUUCUCCUACAGGGACAACUCUUGAAACACCAGCCACAGCAGAGACCUCCUCUUCUCCUACAGGGACAACUCCUGAAACACUAACCACGGCAGAGGCCUCCACUUUUCCUGUGCAGACUAUUCUUGAAACAACCACCACGGCAGAAACCUCCACUUCUCCUGUGGAGAUAACGUUUGAAACAACAAUCAUGGCAGAGGCCUCUACUUCUCUUCCGGUGACUACUCUUGGAACAACAACCAUUGCGGAAGACUUUACUUCUCUUGCAGAAACAACUACUCCUGAAACAGCAACAUUGGAGGCUCCCACUUCUCCUGCAGUUGAAAAAACCACCGUGGCAGUAGUCUCCUCUUCCCCUUCAGAGACUACUCUUGAAACUACAACCACAGUGGAGGCUUCUACUUCUCCUGUGCAGACAACUCCUGAAACAUCAACAGUAGAAGCCGUCCCUUCUCCUACAGACAUGACGCUUAAAACAACAACCAUGUUGGAGACCUCUACUUCUCCUGUAGAGAAGACACUUCAAACAACCACCAUGGCAGAGUUCUCAACCUUUCCUCCAAUGACAUCGCUUGAAUCAACAACCAUGGCAGAGGCCACCACUUCUCCCUCAGAAACAACCUUUGAAUCAACAACCAUGGCAGAGGCCUCCAUUUCUCCUUCAAAGACAACGCCUGAAACAACAAUUAUGGGAGAGAUCUCCACUUCUCCUUCAGAGACGACGCUUGAAACAACAACUAUGGGAGAGAUCUCCACUUCUCCUUCAGAGACAAUGCUUGAAACAACUACCAUGGGAGAGGCUUCCACUACUCCUUCAGAAACAACAUUUGAAACAACAACCAUGGUAGAGGCCUUCACUUCUCCUCCAGAAAUGACACUUGCAUCAACAACCAUGGCUGAGGCCUCCACUUCUCCUUCAGAGACAACGCUUGAAUCAACCAUGGCAGAUGUCUCCACUUCUCCUCCAGAUAUGGCGCUUGCAACUACAACCAUGGCAGAGGCCUCGACUUCUCCAGUGACAUCACUUGAAUCAACAACCAUGGCAGAGGUCUCCACUUCUUCUGCAGAAACUACCCUUGAAUCAACAACCAUGGCAGAGACUUCCACUUCUCCUACAGAGACAACACUUGAAACUACAACCAUGGCAGAGGUCUCCACUUCUCCUCCAGUAACAUCACUUGAAUCAACAACCAUGGCAGAGGUCUCCAUUUCUCCUUCAGAGACAACUCUUGAAACAACAACUAUGGGAGAGAUCUCCACUUCUCCUUCAGAGACGACACUUGAAACAACAACCAUGGGAGAGGGCUCCACUUCUCCUUCAGAGACAACAACGGCAACCACAACCAUGGCAGAGGUCUCCACUUCUUUAGAGAAAAUGCUUGCAACCACAACCAUGGUAGAGGCCUUCACUUCUCCUCCAGAAAUGACACUUGCAUCAACAACCAUGGCUGAGGCCUCCACUUCUCCUUCAGAGACAACGCUUGAAUCAAGAACCACGGCAGAGGCCACCACUUCUCCUCCAGAGACCACAACUAUGGCAGAGGCCUCAACCUCUCCUCCAGAGAUGACACUUGCAACGUCAGCCAUGGCAGAUGUGUCCACUUCUCCUUCUGAGACAACGUUUGAAAUGACAACCAUGGCAGAUGUCUCCACUUCUGCUUCUGAGAUCACACUUGCAACCACAACCAAAGCAGAGUCCUCCACUUCUCCUUCAGAGACAACUCUUGAAUCAACAACCACAGCAGUGGCCUCCACUUCUCCUUCAGAGACAACUCUUGCAACCACAACCAUGGCUGAGGUCUCCACUUCUCCUCCAGUGACAUUGCUUGAAUCAACAACCAUGGCAGAGUCCUCCACUUCUCCUGAGACAACGCAUGAAACCACAACCAUGGCAGAGACCUUCACUUCUCCAGAGAUGACACUUGAAUCAACAACCAUGGCAGAGGCCUCCACUUCUCCUUCAGAGACAACACUUGCAAUAACAACCACAGCAGAGGCCUCCACUUCUCCUUCAGAGACAACACUUGCGACAACCACCACAGCAGAGGCCUCCACUUCUCCUGCAGAGACGACUCUUGCAACCACAACCAUGGCAGAGGCCUCCACUUCUCCUGAGACAACACAUGAAACCACAACCAUGGCAGAGACCUUCACUUCUCCUUCAGAGACAACACUUGCAACAACAACCACAGCAGAGACCUUCACUUCUCCUUCAGAGACAACACUUCCAACAACAACCACAGCAGAGGCCUCCACUUCUCCUGCAGAGACAACACUUGCAACAACAACCACAGCAGAGGCCUCCACUUCUCCUGCAGAGACGACUCUUGCAACCACAACCAUGGCAGAGACCUUCACUUCUUCUCCAGAGACAACGCUUGUAACUACAGCCACAGGAGAAGCCUCCACUUCUCCUUCAGAGAAGACAACGCUUGAAUCAACAGCCACGGCAGAGGCCUCCACUUCUCCUUCAGAGAAGACAACGCUUGAAUCAACAGCCACGGCAGAGGCCUCCACUUCUCCUUCAGAGACAACACUUGCAACAACAACCACAGCAGAGGCCUCCACUUCUCCUGCAGAGGCAAAACUUGCGACAACAACCACAGCAGAGGCCUCCACUUCUCCUGCAGAGACGACUCUUGCAACCACAACCAUGGCAGAGGCCUCCACUUCUCCUGAGACAACACAUGAAACCACAAGCAUGGCAGAGACAUUCACUUCUCCUUCAGAGACAACACUUGCAACAACAACCACAGCAGAGGCCUCCACUUCUCCUGCAGAGACAACACUUGCGACAACCACCACAGCAGAGGCCUCCACUUCUCCUGCAGAGAUGACUCUUGCAACCACAACCAUGGCAGAGGCCUCCACUUCUCCUGAGACAACACAUGAAACCACAACCAUGGCAGAGACCUUCACUUCUCCUUCAGAGACAACACUUGCAACAACAACCACAGCAGAGACCUUCACUUCUCCUUCAGAGACAACUCUUGCAACCACAACCAUAGCAGAGACCUUCACUUCUCCUGCAGAGACAACACUUGCAACAACAACCACAGCAGAGGCCUCCACUUCUCCUGCAGAGACGACUCUUGCAACCACAACCAUGGCAGAGACCUUCACUUCUUCUCCAGAGACAACGCUUGCAACUACAGCCACAGCAGAGGCCUCCACUUCUCCUUCAGAGACAACACUUGCAACAACAACCACAGCAGAGACC